CUCUCGCGAGACCAGCCGCGCCCUUCCCAGCAACCCCCGCGGCGGAGACGUCACUGGCGCCCUUCAGCGCGGACGGAAGAUGGCGUCCGCUACCCGCUUCAUCCAGCGGCUGCGGAACUGGGCAUCCGGGCAAAACUUGCAGGCGAAGCUGCAGCUGCGCUACCAGGAGAUCUCCAAGCGAACUCAGCCUGCUCCCAAGCUGCCUGUGGGCCCCAGCCACAAGCUCUCCCACAAUUACUACUGCACUCGAGAUGGCCGCCGGGAAGCCGUGCCACCCUCCAUCGUCAUGUCCUCACAGAAGGUGCUGGCGUCAGGCAAGCCAGCAGAGAGCUCGGCUGUGGCAGCCCCUGAGAAGAAGGCGGUGACGCCGGCUCCUCCCAUAAAGAGGUGGGAGCUGUCCCAGGACCAGCCUUACCUGUGACACUGUGCCCUGGGGCACCUGGCUGGGCCCUCGGCUCCACCUGGGUGCUUCCCCUCCUUGGAUUCCCUCCGGGGAGAAUGUCACCUAAUUUAUGAUAAUUAUAGCGAGCUGCAGUAUCA